AUGUUCCGACAUUUAUCUGGCAUAGCCUUCUUGAUAGAUCGUAGUAGCUUGCUUAGCGUUGGCGUGUGGCGCACACGCGUCCGGCUGGGCGGCCCGCCCGCCAACAUCGCCCUGUCACAAGACGGCCGCAACAUCCUGGAAACACCCGAGGUGGCUCAGGCGCGCGCCGCCCACAUCGCCGCGCUGCAACAGGCGUCGCAGAACAACCCCAACCCGCAGGACGAUGGCUCAUACGAUCCCCGAUGGGACAACGAAGAGUACUGGCAAAACAACGAACAGCGUAGCUGGAACGGUGCCCCCGCCGCCUCUUCGUGGAACGGUGCCCACUCCAACCAGUGGAACGCCGCACCCGCCGCCCCCUCGUGGAACUCUGCCCCCGCCACCCCCACGUGGAACGCCGCUGGUGCCGCACCCGCACCCGUCGCUGAGACCCCCGAAGUAGCGCAGGCACGUGCUGCCCACCUCGCCGCCCUCUCCGCCGCCAAGCCCGCCGGCCAGCAGUGGAACGCCCCUGCCCAGCAGCAGUGGAACGCCCCCUCCUCCCAAUGGAACGGUGCCCCCUCGUGGCAGGGACCCCCCGCCCAGAUCAGGCUAGCCCAAAACGGCAACGGAAUCUUGGAGACCCCUGAGGUGGCCGCAGCGCGUGCUGCCCACCUUGCAGCGCACGCGCAAGCCGGACACGGAGCCCCUUCCCACUCUCCCCAGCAGCACUGG